UUCUGAUUUCUUUUUGAAGGUACUCAAUUCUGUUGUUGUAGUCGGACUGUAAUUAUGGAUUUCUUACCACAUUUUCAAUAAGGUCCUCUUAUUUCUUUUUUGUGCGAACUAUGGUUAUGGAAAAAGAACCAAAUACAAAUAAGAAGGUAGCAGCAACCACUGGUUUUUUUUAUGGGACAGCUCAUAAGAAUUCGUAUCCAUCUAUUAUGCGCCCCUUUAUCUAAGCUUUGGGUAGACCUCAUACAAUAACUGUCCUUGCUUUUACCUUAUCUUUUGAUUCAGCUUUUCUUGAACACUGAAAAAAAAAUUUUUUGCUUAUGGAUCUAAUACCAAAAUUCAAUCCGUGAUCUAGAGAAUAUCUUUGUAUUCCUCAAUCAUCUUAUUUUUCAGUUGCUUAACAUUUUGUAUUUUACCAAGUUCAACGUUAGGCCCGAUUAGUAAGCAUUUAUCUGUUUCGCUGUAACAAUAAGAUGUUGUUUGUAAUAAGCAGUUUUUUUUGCUUGGGGAAUUGGACAAAUUUUAGUCAUCAAUUGCUUGGAAUUUUUAGUAGUCUGGAUACAGAAAAAUUUAGUAAUCUGGAUACAUAAAAAUAAUGUUAUUAGAAAGUACCUAGUCAGAAAUUCUAUCUUUUUAUUUUACUAAAUUGUAGUUUUGGAAGUAUAGUAUGUAUUCUAAGUAUUCAGUCUUUAGGCAGAACACCCUUACCUAUUCCUACUCAGGAAAUUUAGUGAGGUCUCAAAAAAUAGAACAAAGGGAAAAGGAAAGGUUGCAAAAGGAGGAAGAAAGAAAGACGUAGAAAAAAAAAGAAAUCCACUGAAGAAGAUCCUUCCCUUUUUUCCGAAGAAAAGGGUAUUUUGGAAAAAGAAUUGGACUUGAAAGUAAACGAACCGGACUUGGAAGGAUCUGAUUCUGAAUUGGAAAUCCUUGAAAAAUAUGAAAAUAAAGAACAUAUUGUUGGCUCUUCUUUUUUGAUUAUAAAAGAUGGACUCGGCCAUUUCGCUACAUAAAAAAUAAUAGACUUGAACAAGCGGGUAAGAAACGAAAUGGCACAAUAUUUCUUUGACAUACAUAAAAGUGAUGGAAAUAGAUAGAAUAUCUUUUACCCAUCCGAUAAGUUUAUCAACGUUUUUUUUCAAAUAAUCAAAAAAAAGAUACCCCUUUUAUCAUUAGAAAAAGAUAUUUCUAAUAAAUUGGACAAUUUUUGGGUUUCUAGAAACCAAACAAAAUUAAAUUCUAUAAAAAUUGAUUUGUUAAAUCGAAUUAAAAAUCUUGACAAACCAGUAUCAGUCCCAAUACUAGAAAUUGAAACAACCAAAACGCGAUUAUGUAUACACAAUGAAUGAGACUAGAAAAGAAUACUUACCAGAAGAGUAUGAUCCCUUGUUAAAUGGGCCUUCCCGCGGAAGACUAAAAAAAGAUAUAACGUUGAUAAACGAGACUUCGAUCAAAAAGUUGAGAGAGAAGGUUAUGCUAAAUAGACUUCAUGCUUUAUUGUUGAUGUCUCCUUUUGAAAAAAAGGAAAAAAAACCAUUACAAGUUGGUGAGUUCUCAACUUUAUCAUCGAGUUUCAAUUUAACGGAUUCAGAACAACUAACAAAAUUUUUAGUAAAUGUAAUUAUAUUUUGAGACAGACGAUAAAAAAUAUUCUGCAAUAGAAAAAAUAGGUAAAGUAGAGAUUGGUUAAAAAAAGUCCCCGGAUGGUCAUACAAAUUAAUAACUGAAUUGGAACAAAUAUCAGUAUUUUAGAAAUCCACCAGAUGAUCAUGAUAUUCGUUCAGAGAAAAGGGAUAAGUGUAUUAAUUUUUGAAGAGCCUAAGACUCUCAAAGAUAAGAAUACAAACAAAGAUAAGAAUACAAAAGAGACAAAUAUUCAAGCUAUAAAAUCCGACAAUGAUGAGAAAGAUAAAAAUAUGAAAAAGAAAAGGAAGAUGAGGAUAAUAAGCUUUAUUUGUUACGAUAUCCGCACCAAUCUGAUUUUCGCCAAGGCUUAAUAAAAGACCUCUAUGCGAACUCAAAGACGUAAAAUAGUUAUUGAGGGACUUUUUAAAGCAAAUGCGCAUUCCCCUCUCUUUUUUGACAGGAUGAGGAAAAAAACCUUUUUUUUCUAUACCAUACCUGGCUCAAACUGAAACGACUUUUUAUAAAAUGGUCAUCCAGAAACGAGGUUCGGUAUUUUAGAGUCUACAGAGGAAAAAAAAACAAUAAUAAAAAGAGAAACCAAAAAGGAAAAGAAACGACGAAGAGGAAAUAGAACGGUUAGAGAUAGGGGAAGCCCUGGGAAACUUUCCCAUAUACCCAAAUAAUAAGAGGUUUGUUAUUAAUAACCCAAUCAAUUCUGAGAAAAAAAAUUCUAUUACCUUCAUUCAUAAUCGGGAAAAAUAUAGGGCGUAUGCUACUAUUUCAAACUCCUGAAUGGUCUGAAGAUUUAAAGGGAUGGAAUAAAGAAACGCAUGUGAAGUGUACUUAUAAUGGUAUUCCGUUAGCUGACAAAAAAUUUCCGGAAAAUUGGUUGACAGAAGGUAUUCAAAUCAAAAUUUUAUUUCCUUUCUGUCUAAAACCUUGGCACGAAUAUAAAUCACUAACUUCUCGUGAUGACUUUUGUUUUUUUAACAGUUUGGGGAAGGGAAACAGAACACCCUUUUGGUCAUCCACGACAAACACCUUCGUUUUUCGAGCCUGUUUUUAAGGAACUUUACAAAUUUGUAAAAGUAAAAAUCAAAUUUUUAAAAAAGUUUUCAAAAAAAAAAACAAGUUCAAACGAAAAAAGAACAAUACACCCGAGUUUAAUAAAAAAAGAAAAAGAUGAUCAAAUAAAUAACCAGAUAAUGAAUCAACCCUUGAGUAAAAUUGAAAAAAUUACAGAUUGGAAAAAUUAUUCACCGAUAGACAAAAUACAGGCUAUUACUCAUAGGACAAAUACAAUUAAAAAAAAACUAGAAAGAAUUACGGAAGAUAAGAAAAGGCUGACUCUAGAACUAGAUAUGAGCCCUUACAAAAAAAGUUCGAG